AGAGAGCCCGAGGCGGAACGCGCGGCGCCACCCACGAGACGUGUUCGUCCGUGUUCGGCCUGCCUUCGGUUGCAGUUUUUUUGGUGUGGUCUCCCUGCUCUCCUCGAGUCCCCCACAUUUCCAGAUUUCCUCCUCCCUCCUCCAGUCCUCCUCCGUACGGACACUCCCGGUGGACUGACUGACUGACUGACCCAUCCCACGCCGCCAUCUGCCGCCGCCGCUGCUGCUGCAGCCUGCGGGGAGCGAGGUGAUGAAGCCGAAGAGCCUCCCGUUCAUCGCCUUCGAGCACAAGCGGGAUGCCUAUGGCUUCGCUGUGCGGCCCCAACACCUGCAGCGUUACAAGGAGUAUGCAAGCAUCUACAAGGAAGAGGAAGAGGAGAGAUCCGAUAGAUGGAAGAGUUUUCUGGAGAGGCAAGCGGAAUCAUCCAGACAGGAAGAGGAAGGUGAAGCUGCCAGGCAUGCUGUGGAGAACAGUGGAACUGGCAGUUCUCCUUUGUCGCGUGAGAAGAUUGUGCAAGGGCCACACAAGAUCGAGAUAUGGAAGCCAAUUAGACCAUCCCUGGGCAACAUAGAGCAGAUGAUGAGUAUACGUGUCGAGAAGAAGCAAUCAUCUGCUGGCAAUCAGGGCACAGAGGAUGUCGCUCAUCCGGUGAAGGUUCAAGAGGGCAAGUUGUCCGAGGAUUCAGAUGACGAGUUCUAUGAUGUAGACAAGGCCGAGCCUAGUCAAGAAGUGCAUUCAGGUGAUAGUGCGAAUACUGACAUUGAUGACAGGGGUAAAGAGGAAAGUAUUCCUUCGAUGGAAGAGUUGGAGUGUCUAGUCCACGGUGGACUGCCGAUGGCUUUGAGGGGAGAGCUAUGGCAAGCUUUUGUUGGUAUUGGAGCCCGUAGGGUAAAUGGGUACUAUGAUAGUCUGCUUGCGGCAGAAGGUGAACUAGAAGAUAGCAGGGGUUUGCGUUCUCCAACCUUGGAUGUUGCCGGGGAAAAUACUGAAUUACCCACAUUUUCUUCCGAAAAGUGGAAAGGGCAAAUAGAGAAGGAUUUGCCUAGAACUUUUCCAGGUCAUCCUGCUCUAGACGAGGAUGGAAGAAAUGCUUUGAGACGUUUGCUUCUAGCUUAUGCUAGACACAACCCAACAGUUGGUUAUUGCCAGGCAAUGAACUUCUUUGCUGGUCUCUUACUUCUAUUGAUGCCAGAGGAGAAUGCAUUUUGGACAUUGGUAGGAAUUAUUGAUGACUAUUUUGAUGAAUACUUUUCUGAAGAAAUGAUUGAAUCGCAGGUGGAUCAGCUUGUUCUAGAGGAGUUGGUCCGAGAAAAAUUCCCAAAACUAGCAAAUCACCUGGAUUACCUUGGUCUUCAAGUUGCAUGGGUUACCGGACCAUGGUUCCUGUCCAUUUUCACCAAUGUGCUUCCCUGGGAGAGUGUUCUCCGUGUCUGGGAUGUGCUUCUGUUUGAUGGGAAUCGUGUGAUGCUAUUCCGGACAGCUCUUGCACUACUGGAGUUUUACGGUCCUGCACUUGUGACCACAAAAGAUGCCGGUGAUGCAGUUACGCUUUUGCAAUCUUUGGCUGGCUCCACUUUUGACAGCAGCCAGCUUGUCUUGACAGCUCGCAUGGGAUAUCAGUCUGUAGAGGAAACAGAAUUGCAAGAGUUAAGGAAUAAACAUCGGCCAUCUGUUCUAUCUUCAAUGGAAGAAAGGGCAAAAGGUCUAGGUGCCUUGGACACCAACGGUCUUGCAUCAAAACUGUAUAAUUUCAAGCAUGAUCCUGAACCACUUGUGUCAAUAAGUGAUGCACACGAUCAGAUUAGUGAUAUGGGGGACGGGGAUGCCAACCAAAGUGAUUCUGGAAAUAUGGAUAUGUAUGGCGGUCUGACAGUCAGUUCUGAGAUUGAGGCUUUACCGGACCCAAAAGACCAGAUCUCUUGGCUGAAAUUUGAACUAUGCCGGUUGCUAGAGGAGAGAAGAUCAGCUGUUCUCAGAGCUGAUGAACUAGAGACGGCACUGAUGGAAAUGGUCAAGCAAGAUAAUAGGCGGCAAUUAAGUGCAAAGGUUGAGCAGUCGGAACAGGAAUUGUCUGAACUAAGACAGACCCUGUUGGACAAGCAGGAACAAGAGGAAGCAAUGUGUCAGGUACUAUUGCGUGUGGAACAAGAACUGAAAAUUGCAGAGGAAGCACGCAUUUCUGCUGAGCAGGAUGCUGCGGCUCAGAGAUAUGCUGUUAAUGUGUUGCAGGAAAAGUACGAGGAAGCUAUGGCUUCACUCGCCAAGAUGGAAAACAGAGCUGUAAUGGCAGAGACAAUGUUGGAGGCCACAUUGCAGUAUCAAACUAGCCAGCAGAAAGCACUUCUUUCCCCCUUGCCUUCUCCAAGGACAUCCGUGCUAGAUGGAUCCCCUGGUCGAGCGGACCAUGAUUCAUCACAGGAGUUUCAGCCCAGAAAAAUAAACUUGCUCUCGCCAUUUUCUCUGAGCUGGCGUGAUAAGAACAAGGGAAAACAGAACAAUGUUGAUGACAGUGCCAAGCUUACUGAUGCACAUGCCCAAAAAGAAGAGAUAACCAAAAAUGACGAGAAGCAGAUAGAAGCACCUACACUGGAUGUGGAAGAGGCUGUUGGUUCACCCAAAGAAGAUGACAAAUUGAGAGUAGAGACGCCAAAGGAAGACAGUGAUCUGGCAUCCACGAAUGAUAUGAAUGGACAGCAUGAACAGUUGCAAGAAAUACAACUGGAUUGAUAACUAGAAACCGACCCUUUGCAUAUAUCUUCACCACCACGGACCACGGUAUUCUUUUAUCUGAUCUUCAGUGGUUAUUGAGAGAGUGAAACGUGGAUGCCUUCAAGGUUCGAACGCAAUGCUGUACCUAUUUUUUGCUCUGCCUCCCCCCGUUUUAAUGAUUCUUCAUUCUCAGUGCCACUCUUUUAGGUCUAUAGGCUCUUCUCUUCAUUAUUACUCGAGAAGAGAAAAGGGCAAGUUAUAUGGUUAUCCAUUAGUUACCUUUCGAUGUAAAUGCAUCAGGGGAAUACCAAACGUAGAAACAUACUGUGCAAUUAUGGCAUGCUUGUUUGUGAAUUAUCAAUGCCGCUAGUGAGGACUUGCGUAUGUGUUGUCGAAUACAGGGAUCUGCCUCACUUUUGGAGUUCAUUUCAAAAUUUUAAAGUUCUGAACGGCAAAAGCUCAUCUUGACGAGGAAAAGAGCGUGUUUCCACUUUUAUGGAUC